AAUCGAGCUUCAAAUUGAUGUUUAUGGAAGAGAAUUGAGCGUUUCUUUCAUUAUAUAUGGUAAUAAUUCUCAAAAUAUCACAUUUAUAAUAGAUUUUUAUCAUUAUACAUGAAAAUCUUAAAUGUUCAUGCCAUAUAAAUAGUGUAGGCAUACUUCCGUUCAGUAAACAAAAUCUAUGACAUGGUGAUAUCACUGUUUCAGUCGGAUGAUCUCACACACUGAUGUCUGGACUUGUCUUUUGAGUUGGUUUAUAAUAAUUGGAAUUAAUUAAUGCAUCACUUCGGGAUUUCUUUAAAUUUACUUUCAAGUCUUUAAUAUCAAGGCAAGAUCAAUAAACACAUCGUGAAAAAUGGCUGUCAAUGUAUAUUCAACUAACGUCACCUCCGACAAUCUUAGUCGCCAUGAUAUGCUUGCCUGGGUCAACGACUGUUUGGCGUCAAGCUUCACAAAAAUUGAAGAGCUUUGUACCGGUGCUGCCUAUUGCCAGUUUAUGGAUAUGUUAUUUCCAGGAAGUGUAAUUUUGAAAAGAAUCAAAUUCAAAACAAAUUUGGAACAUGAAUACAUACAGAACUUCAAAAUUUUACAAGCAGCAUUCAAAAAAAUGCAAGUAGAAAAGAUAGUUCCAAUAGACCGAUUGGUCAAAGGCCGAUUUCAGGACAAUUUUGAGUUUCUGCAGUGGUUUAAAAAGUUUUUUGACGCGAAUUACAACGGCCAGGACUACGACGCACUGGGCGCGCGAGGCGGGGACCCGAUGGGCAUGGGUGGUGCGCCUAAGAGCGCCAGCAGCGCCCACGUGGCCGCGCGACGCGCCCCCCCUCCAGCCGCCACAAGGCCUACUGGAAUGGGAAUGGUGCAGAGAAGUCAGCCGAGGGCGGCACCGCCCCUGGCCUCCGCCCCCGCCCGAUCCGCCUCCGGAAACCACAGGGGUGAUGGCGGCAAAAUAGACGAACUCAACAGUCAGAUGAUGGACAUGAAAUUAACAGUCGAUGGCUUGGAGAAGGAACGUGAUUUUUAUUUCUCAAAGCUCAGAGAUAUUGAAGUUCUAUGUCAAGAACAAGACGGAGAAACUCCGUUCAUAAAGAAGAUCAUGGCAAUACUGUACGCUACAGAGGAUGGCUUUGCUGCACCCGAAGAGAUAGAUGGAGAGGACGUCCAUCACGAAGAAGAAGAAUAUUAAUUAACUUCAUCAAAUGAGCACAUAACAUUGAAGUUAAUCGAAUUUGAAUAAAAAAUAUCAUUACACCUCUCCCAUUACUAAGUAUAAAAUUGCAUUGCCUUUGAUCGAAAAUGGGUUGCACAUUCGUAUUGCAACUCACAAUGCAAUCUUAAUAAUGUUGUAUCGAAUGCGCUUACUCUUCACUGUUUUCUUCUUAUUUAUAGACAGUAUUUUAAUGUUUUGAAUUUCUUCCUUUUGUGCUGGUCCCCGGAAAAAUAUUUCUGUUGUACUUUCCGUGUGGCCAGUCAUAGUUCGUAUAUAAUCAUUAUUGUAUUAUUACAUGAAUAAUUGCAUUAAUUAUUGCUUGAAUUUUAUUUUUUAAGAAUGUUUUUAUAUUAAUCAAUUAUUGAUUGCAAUAAAGGUUUUGUAAUAUACUAA